UUAUAUUUUGUCGUCAAGUCGGGUGGUUGAGUGGUUCAGCGGCUCAGCGGCUCAGCGCCUCAGUUCAGUUAUAUUCGAUGCGCGGCUUUUUGCAUAACAUUGGGCUUCUGCUCUGCUGCCUCUGGCUGAUGGGCGGCCUGGGUCAGCUGUAUGGCGCACCAGUUGGAGAUCACGUGGAUCAUGCCGGCUGUAUACGAGUCACGAUCGUUAGGCAAGCGCCAACCACAACAACAACAGCAACAACAGCAACAACAACAACAGCUACUACACCGGCUACAACCAGAGCCACGGUGGCACCUGGCUAAAAUUGACAGUCGAUUGUUUAUAGCUCAUAUUUAAAAUAAAGUGCCUAAAAAGAUCCCAGCAUA